AUGGCUAACACGGGUAUCAACGCCAUGCGUGUACGAUUAUAUUUUGAUUAUCCGCCACCCACCCUCGGUGACUGCCGCAUGUGUUGGGUGCUCGUGGAUUUGAAUAAAUGUCGUGUGGUAGCGGAUCUUGAGAGCAUAAUCCGAGAUAAGUUUAAUUUUAGUCGUAAAAACAUAUUGAACUUGUUCAUUGAGGACUGCUACCUGCCCCACACAGAAAGCAUCUAUGUGGUGCGUGAUAAUGACAGUAUCAGGGUGAAGGCAGACAGUGUGGUCCAGUUGAGUGGGUACAAUGGCUAUUCUGAUAGCUCCAGUGAAUUCUCCAGGAAGAGACUGAAGUGCAUAGAGGAGGGUCAACAAACAAAGACUGGAGUCAGGAAAUCAGGAAAUGUGAAAUCAGGAAAGACAAAGAACAUAGAGAUCAAGCAGGUGACAAGUGAUGAGAAGAAAAAGGAUGCACAACGAAAGCAUUUAAAGAAGAGGAAAUUGAAAGAAGUGGAGGAGACUGGACCUAUGGCAAUUACUGAACUCAAUGCUUCAACCCAAAACUGCUUGACUCCUGUCAGCCCGCCUGCCAAUAGCACUAAAAAGCCUGUAACACUUAAGCCAAAUGUUAAUAAGAGAGCAGGAGCUGAACAUAGCUUCUCUUCAGAUUCCUCUGACAACAGCACUGAAGAGGAUGUGGCUGCUAAAAAAACAGCUCUCAAAGUGCCCAGUCUCCCAGUUCCCUCCAAGGUAUCUCCUAAAGCCAAACUCCCUGAUGCCAACUUACACCAUAAGCCGUCCUCAUUGAGUAAAGACUCUCAUGAGUGUCCCACAAAGAUAUCAUCUGAUAGCCUGCUGAAAAAAACUCCUUUAACUCAACUCACCACCCCCAAAACUUGCAAAGUGGGAAAAAGGGAUAAUGCCCCCUCUAUAGCACAGCCAGGUACCUCUGCUUUACAAUCUUCAGCCUGUGCACAAAUACAGAUGUGUUGCUUUGCUUCUUUCCCUGCUGAGAAACGUGUAGAACACCCUGGAAAGUCUGACUUAGACACCAGCAAUGUGGAGGAGGUGAAGCUUGUGAACGAAAAGAUGGUUCAGGGCUUUCUAAUGGAGCAAGCCUCAUCACUGAGUGAUCCUCUUUGGGCAGGACACAGUCAAGGGAAACCCAAGUUUGAUUGUCGAGGAGAAAGGGGCAGGGAUAGAGGAAGAGAAAGGGAUGGUGCCAAGGAUAGGAGCAGUAGCGGUUCAGGUGGAGAGUCUAGUUUCAAUUCCACUGAGAGCCAGCAGUGGAAGCAGCCAUCUUACCAGAGUGAUUUAUCGACCAACUGUUCAGUGGUUCUCCAGGCUGAGACUUUACCCAAUAGGAACUACAGUGACCUGCCUUUGCUAGCUGCCCCCCCACAAGUGGGACAGACAAUUGCCUUCAAGCUUGUGGAACUAACUGAGAACUACACACCGGAGGUGUCAAAGUAUAAAGAGGGGAAGGUUGUCGGCUUUGAUCCAGCCAGCAAACAAAUUGAAUUGGAGCUACUUCAUACUAUCCAAACCUUUGUGGUGCCUGGGAAGUUUGACCUGGUUUAUCAGAACCCAGACGGGUCAGAGAGAGUUGAAUAUGCUGUGUCCCGUGACUCAAGGGUUACAGAACAUUGGGAUUCCUUGCUGGAGCCAAGGCUUGUCAUUUAACAUUUCACCAGAGAAUUGUGGCAGGCAUUUGCUUGUCUUACACCAUCCUUGAGCGAAUACAUUUUCUAAUAAAAUGUGCUGUGUGCGCCAUUUCAUUUUUUAGGAAAUUGUCUAUUAUUGUCUAUUAAUCAAGGUGAAUACUAAGUUUUUGUUCAUACCACAAGUUAUGUGGUAGUUAGGAAAAUGGUAAAUGAGCAAAUAUAGAUCUUCCUUUCCCAUCUGCAUUUCCUUGUUUUCAAGUCCCCACUUGUCAUUUUUGUUUCAUCUCUACCUCAUCGAUUAUUGG